CACCCCGCACCCGCUUCACUCAAUCACACACGGAUUUGUGUAUUGCUACGUUUUGAAUUAUUUGGAUUUUUGUUAAAAAUAAUAUUGUUAUCAACUCGGCUUACGUCUACUUAUAAGGAUGCCACGAUAAUCACAUUAUCUCAGGAAUCUUAACAAACAACGAAUUAACCGUAAAUACACAGACCGGUUCCUUGUUUAUAAAAUAAUGUAGACGUGAUUACACUUUUGGCGCGCACAUGAAAAUUAGUGGUUAAUAAUGGUGGCAACGUUCUGGAUAUACGCUAGAGGGUGGCGGCGGCUGGAUGAGGCUUCAGGGAGGGUAUUAGGUUGGGCUGAUCGGCCCAGGUUCUGCUAUUACCGGCGCGGCCGGCUUGAGGUCGCCAGCUCGUCAGCAGUCCUACGCGGACUUCGCGCACUCAAAGACAACCAGCCUACUACUGUUAGGAAUGGAUUACCCCUAUUGCAGCGCAGAAAAAGGAAAGUCUCCAAGCGGAUUAGUUGCUGCUGCAGUCACAAGUGCCAGCGCGCGGAGACCCGCAGUGCGCUGGUACAGCUAAACUUGUCUACACAAUGUGCUAACUCAACACAAACCUCUGUUUCCGCCUUGCAGCCAGUUAAGACGGACGCGGCUGUACAGGCAGACGCACACACUCGUGUGGCGUCCCCGGACAGCGUAACUUCCGCUCCAGCUUGUAAAGAGCUGAUAGUGAACGAAGAUGACGUGACAGCACUGCGCAGCUUCCUCAAACGCCGCAACGUGUUCGAUGUAGAUCUGUAUAGAUUCGACACCGAUGAUAAUUACAAGAGCACUCUCUUCUACAAGAUCAAUCCUCUCGUAUGCAUCGAGAGGUGUCCGAAGAUAGCUGACAUUGUCUCUCAGCGAUCGCUCCGCGAGUUCACCCGCGAGCUGGGCCUGCGCGAGGCGGCCGCCGCGCCCAGACACGAGUCCAACAAGUUGGCCAACAAAUCGGCCAACGCCACAACCGACAAUGACACAACAGUCGACACGGACAGCGAUUUCGAAUCGGAAACUUACAUCACUCGGAGCAAAAAGUCGAAUCGAAAUUAUGCUAAAAGUAUAGAAAAUGCUGAUAGUAAUGAUUCGAGAUCCAAACAUGCUUUUAGAAGCGAUAAAAUAAGUAAAAGUGGUGAUAGAUCUAAAUAUAAACAUUAUCAUAAAACUGCAGACGAAUCUAAUGAAACUGAUACUACGUCGCCUAUAGAAAAACAUACAGAAAAACGUAAAAGCAAUCGUCUACACACUAAAGAUAGUAUUGCUAGAGAUAUCACCAGCACAGAUGGACACGCAACAUCUUUGUCUAAAGAAAAACUAGGUACAAGCAAGAAAAAUCUAGAAACUGUCAGAGAUAUUAAUAAAAACGAUGAAUCUACAUCUAAAUCACAGAGAAAACAUAUAGAACAUUCCAAAGAUCACAAACAUAAUGAUAUAGGAUCUAAAAACGCAUUUAGAAGUGAAAAAAGUGACUUUAAAAGUUACGCCAAUCGUCAACAUACACGAAAUAAAACAAGAGAUAGAUCAAUCGACACUAACGAUGGCGAAACUGAAGCGAGGCGAAAAAGCAAUCGUAUAAACGCAAAAGAUAUAGCCAAAGUUAACACAGACAAACAGAUAACUCGUAAAAACAAUGAUGACAAUGACAGUGAUGAAUCUACAAGUAUAUUAUCUAGAAAGCAAAAAGUUGAAAUCGGGAAACAUAAAGAGAAUAAAGACAAUUCAAAAGCUACAGAGAACAAGGGUAAUAAAAGGCGUGGAGACAAUUCAGAGGAGAGUGUAGAAGACAGAAAGGAAAGAAGGAAUUUGUCGAUAGCUCGCACUGUGGCUAGUGUUGCGAAAAAUGUGGAGCAAGUAAAUAAUCGUGUCGGAGAGAGAAGAAACGUUGCAAAGGAAAAGUCUAAAGAUAAGAAAGAGAUGGAAAAUGAUGGAAAAAGACCGGAUAACGAGAGACCUCGUCGUUCGACUUCUAGUUACGAAGUUACAGAGCCUCUGAGACGUGAAUACUCGUCUCUAGAAGACCAUGUGAUUGUUCAGUGGUUGUCGUUGGGUUCCCGCGCGAGGAAAGUCAACGGGAACAGAAUAUGGCGAGAAUUGCAGAGCCAGUACCCGCGGCUGGCGGGGCGCGCGCGGUCGUGGCACUCGCUGCGUAACCGCUACCUGCGCGGCCUCCUGCCCGCGCUGCCCGCGCUGGCGCUGCCGCCCGCCGCCGUCGCCGCGCUGCGCGCUGCGCACGCGCAGGGCGAGAUAAAGUCCAAACGUCGCCCCCCGGUCCCUCACCCGCUGCUGUCUGCCCCCGCGGUGUGCUCCGCCUGGUCCAGACGACCUUACAGACACCCACACAAGUCUGACUCAGUCGACCGUACAGAGAAAGACUCGACAGCACUUUCUGGCGCGCCAAAAACACGCUCACAGACAGACGCACAAAACAAAGAUGGCGGCGCGACCGCGUCUCCCUCUUACAGCGACCUGACGAGGAGAUUCGCCGCGCGGCACUCAGUGUCCACGCCCGACGGACAAACGGAGCACAAAGGCUCUGUCUCGCCGCCGCCGAAACGGACGAGGAAGCUCUUCAACCCCAACAUUAAAUUUUGAUCUGAAGCAUCGACUGCCCUUAUUUAUGAUGAUUCCACGAAAACUCGUGGGGAGAUUCGCGGGGCUGAGGCAGUCGAGUGGGGGUGAAAAACGAAAUAAGCUACGCGCCUUUACGUGACGUCUGUGCCUCUUUUGUUGCAUACAAGUGUUGGAUAAGGCCAACUGGCCAACUUCGGGCUGAUUUAUCUGGCAGUUUAUCUGUCAGAUUACUGCACAUCAAAAUGUCGUUUGAUGCGUGCGAUGUGCAAAAACAUUUUUAUGCCUCGUAAAAAGUUUGAUAUUUAUCUAGCAGAGGAGAAAGUCAGGCCCUUGGUAUCUAAACAAACGAACUGAGUGUAUUGUAUAUUGUUAUUAUUAAUAUUUUUAAAUAUUAUAUGAAAAUUGGCGGCCCGUCCCAACUUCGCUCGAGUAAAACAAUCAAACAUCCCUCAGGAAACUGUGUCGAAAAACGCGCAUCAAAAUGGGUCGAGUAAUUUCAAAGAUCUAAGGCUGGUUUUAGUCUUACGCUGACGGCACGCGCACCGUCAGCGCUGAUGGCCGAGAUAUAUUGACUGACACGUAGCUACCAGCGCGCACGGUGCUAUUGCUACGGUCAGUAUGAUACUAAAAGGAGCCACGCUGAGCCUCAGCGCUGACAAACUACGCGCUGAGCUAUGAGCGCUGACGGUGAGCGUGAGACUAAAAUCAGCCUAAGGGACAAACAGACAGCGGGAAGCGACUCUGUUUUAUACUAUAUAGUGAAGAAAACUAGUAUUAUUUGUUGUAAUGUUAAUUGCUGUUAUCAUAAAUGCGAAAGUCUGUGCCGAUUUCACGGCUAAACCGCUGGACCGAUUUUGAUGAAAUUUAAUAUGCAUAUAGUUAAAGACCCCCGUUCAAACAUAGGGGUUAAUAAUAUUUAAAAAAAAAAUAGUAUUUUUUAAAUAUUAACCCCGAAAUUACUAUAAUCCGUUAUAGUCAAUUCGGGGUUAAUAUUGGAAAAUUGUGUAAAAUGUAUAAAAUUCAUGUCUGUUCCGCUUUCGCAGAGAAAUUCACGCGGGCGAAGUUGCGGGCAAAGGCUAGUUUUAGUAUUAAUUAUGUCUCAAGUCUCAAGGUGUCCUAACCACCUGUAUUUGUAAUCUUAUACCGGCUAUACAUUAAUCGUAGUGCAGUUAUGAGGAUUCGGCACGCAAUGUUUAUUGUUGUGGUCAUUACGUGGAAUGAAACAUCCACAUCACAAAAUCUAUUAAAAUAAGUAGUUUUAUGUUUCAAAGUUUUAUAUUUACGCUGUUAUGUCGUGCGUAAUGUGCGUAUACAGAAUAAUUCAAUUGAUUUAAAAAAACAACUUUAAAUCACAACAAAAAUUAAACAAAAACUAUACGUUUAAUUCUUCUUCUUCAUAGUCGUAUACCUCAUGGCUGAGGGUCGUGGUCAUUACGUGGAAUGAAACACACUCAACGACUUUCUUGGCACUAUUAAUGGAGUGGUUUGACACUGCCUUCUCCAUUUCACACACGAGUUAAUAAUCAACCAGUGUGCAGGUUUCCUCGCGAUGUUCUCCUUCACCGGAAGCAAGCGGUGGUCGAUGAAAACUACUAUACAUGAGUGAGAUUGGUGUACAAACUCGUGUGGCACGAGUAGGAUACGAACCUGGGACCUUUCGACCAUUACACCACCACCGCUUCAGCAAAAAUGUGUAGCCGGUAUUAAAUUUUUAUAUUUUAAAUUAUCAUAGAAUUAUGUUGUUGUAAAUUUUGAGUUUCUUAUAAGUUUUUUUUUUUCUUAAACAUUGAACACUUCUGUUGUUAUUUUUGAAUAUUUAAGGCUGAUUUUAAUUUUAAACUAAAAUAAAGUCGUUUGUUUGAGCUCAUUCGA